CCGCAUUCACUACCUUUCCCCGAACUGGGGACAUUUCGAAUCUCGAUCUCCCCUUAGCGCAGCUCCUGAAGAAAUGCUAGAGUGACACCCUCCUCGACAUACACCCUCCCCUGCCAUCCCGCUCCGGACUUCGGCUCCGGCUCCGGUUGCAGUUUGCAGCCUCCGCUGCCGCCGCCACCAAUUCGCUGGCGGCUCAGGUGGCUGUCGCUUCGAUGUCCUAGUACAGGGGCCCCCGGGCCGGACUCGGCUGGGCCCCCUUCACCCUCCGCUGGAGUCAUGAAGGCAAACCGGGUUCUGCAGGUGCUGGGCUUCUUUCUUAGCCUAGCCCGGGGCUCCGAGGUGGGCAACUCGCAGGCAGUGUGUCCCGGGACCCUGAAUGGGCUGAGUGUGACUGGUGAUGCGGAGAACCAAUACCAGACACUACACAAGCUCUACGAGCGAUGUGAGGUGGUGAUGGGGAACCUUGAGAUUGUGCUCACAGGACACAAUGCUGACCUCAGCUUCUUACAGUGGAUCCGAGAAGUGACAGGCUAUGUCCUUGUGGCCAUGAAUGAAUUUUCUACACUACCAUUGCCCAACCUCCGAGUGGUGAGAGGUACCCAGGUCUAUGAUGGGAAGUUUGCCAUCUUCAUCAUGUUGAACUAUAACACCAACUCUAGCCAUGCUCUGCGCCAGCUCCGCUUCACUCAGCUCACCGAGAUUCUGUCAGGGGGCGUUUAUAUUGAGAAGAAUGAUAAACUUUGCCACAUGGACACAAUUGACUGGAGGGACAUCGUGAGGGACCGAGAUGCUGAGAUAGUGGUGAAGGACAAUGGCAGAAGCUGUCUCCCUUGUCAUGAGGUCUGCAAAGGGCGAUGUUGGGGUCCUGGACCAGAAGACUGCCAGACAUUAACCAAGACCAUCUGUGCCCCUCAAUGUAAUGGUCAUUGCUUUGGGCCCAACCCCAACCAGUGCUGCCAUGACGAGUGUGCAGGGGGCUGCUCAGGCCCUCAGGACACUGACUGCUUUGCCUGCCGACACUUCAAUGACAGUGGAGCCUGUGUGCCCCGGUGCCCACAGCCUCUUGUGUACAACAAGCUAACUUUCCAGCUGGAACCUAAUCCUCACACCAAGUACCAGUAUGGAGGAGUUUGUGUAGCCAGUUGUCCCCAUAACUUUGUGGUAGACCAGACGUCCUGUGUCAGGGCAUGUCCUCCUGACAAGAUGGAAGUAGAUAAAAAUGGACUCAAGAUAUGUGAGCCUUGUGGUGGGCUAUGCCCUAAAGCCUGUGAGGGGACGGGCUCUGGGAGCCGCUUCCAGACUGUGGACUCAAGCAACAUCGAUGGGUUUGUGAAUUGCACCAAGAUUCUGGGCAACCUGGACUUUCUUAUCACCGGCCUCAAUGGAGACCCCUGGCACAAGAUCCCUGCCCUGGACCCUGAGAAGCUCAAUGUCUUCCGAACAGUACGGGAGAUCACAGGUUACCUGAACAUCCAGUCCUGGCCUCCUCACAUGCAUAACUUCAGUGUUUUUUCCAACCUGACAACCAUUGGAGGCAGAAGCCUUUACAACCGGGGCUUCUCAUUGUUAAUUAUGAAGAACUUGAAUGUCACAUCGCUGGGCCUGCGAUCCCUGAAGGAAAUUAGUGCUGGGCGUAUCUACAUAAGUGCCAAUCGGCAGCUCUGCUACCACCACUCUCUGAACUGGACCAGGCUGCUUCGGGGGCCUGCAGAAGAGAGACUAGACAUCAAGCAUAAUCGGCCACGCAGAGACUGUGUGGCAGAGGGCAAAGUGUGUGACUCACUGUGCUCCUCCGGAGGAUGCUGGGGCCCAGGCCCUGGUCAGUGCUUAUCCUGUCGAAACUACAGUCGAGGGGGUGUCUGUGUGACCCACUGCAACUUUCUAAAUGGGGAGCCUCGUGAGUUUGCCCAGGAGGCUGAAUGCUUCUCCUGCCACCCAGAAUGCCAACCCAUGGAGGGCAGUGCCACAUGCAAUGGCUCGGGCUCUGAUGCUUGUGCCCAGUGUGCCCAUUUUCGAGAUGGGCCCCACUGUGUGAGCAGCUGCCCUCAUGGAGUCCUAGGUGCUAAGGGGCCCAUCUACAAGUACCCGGAUGUUCAGAAUGAAUGUCGGCCCUGCCAUGAGAACUGCACCCAGGGGUGUAAGGGACCAGAGCUAAAAGACUGUUUAGGCCAAACACUGGUGCUGAUCAGCAAAACCCAUCUGGCAAUGGCUUUGACAGUAGGAUUGGCAGUGGUUUUCCUGAUUCUGGGAGGCACUUUUCUCUAUUGGCGUGGGCGCCGGAUUCAGAAUAAAAGGGCUAUGAGGCGCUACUUGGAACGGGGUGAGAGUAUAGAACCUCUGGAUCCCAGUGAGAAAGCUAACAAAGUCUUCGCCAGAAUCUUCAAAGAGACAGAGCUGAGGAAGCUUAAAGUGCUUGGUUCAGGCGUCUUUGGAACAGUGCAUAAAGGAGUAUGGAUCCCCGAAGGUGAAUCAAUCAAGAUUCCAGUUUGCAUUAAAGUCAUUGAGGACAAGAGUGGACGGCAAAGUUUCCAAGCUGUAACAGAUCAUAUGCUGGCCAUUGGCAGCCUAGACCAUGCGCACAUUGUACGGUUGCUCGGACUAUGCCCAGGGUCAUCUCUGCAACUUGUCACUCAGUACUUGCCUCUGGGUUCCCUACUGGAUCAUGUGAGACAACACCGGGGGGCACUGGGGCCACAGCUGCUCCUCAACUGGGGAGUACAAAUUGCCAAGGGUAUGUACUAUCUUGAAGAGCAUGGUAUGGUGCACAGGAACCUGGCUGCCCGAAAUGUGUUACUCAAGUCACCCAGUCAGGUUCAAGUGGCAGAUUUUGGUGUGGCUGACCUGCUGCCACCUGAUGAUAAGCAGCUAUUACACAGUGAGGCCAAGACUCCAAUUAAGUGGAUGGCCCUUGAGAGUAUCCACUUUGGGAAAUACACACACCAGAGUGACGUCUGGAGCUAUGGUGUGACAGUUUGGGAGUUGAUGACCUUUGGAGCAGAGCCCUAUGCAGGACUCCGAUUAGCUGAAGUACCAGACCUGCUAGAGAAGGGGGAGCGGUUAGCACAGCCCCAGAUCUGCACCAUUGAUGUCUACAUGGUUAUGGUCAAGUGUUGGAUGAUUGAUGAGAAUAUUCGCCCAACCUUUAAAGAACUAGCCAAUGAGUUUACCAGGAUGGCCCGUGAUCCACCAAGGUAUCUGGUCAUAAAGAGAGAGAGUGGGCCUGGAAUACCACCUGGGGCAGAACCCCCUGCUCUGUCAAACAAGGAACUGGAAGAAGUAGAGCUGGAACCAGAACUUGACCUAGACCUAGACUUGGAGGCAGAGGAGGACAGCCUGGCAACCACAUUGGGCUCUGCCCUCAGCCUACCAGUUGGAACACUUACUCGGCCACGUGGGAGCCAGAACCUUUUAAGUCCAUCAUCUGGAUACAUGCCCAUGAACCAGGGUAACCUUGGAGAGGCUUGCCAGGAUUCUGCAGCUUGUGGGGGUAAUGAAUGGUGUCCCCGUCCAGUCUCUCUGCACCCAGUGCCACGGGGACGCCUGGCAUCAGAGUCGUCAGAGGGCCAUGUGACAGGAUCCGAGGUUGAGUUCUCAGAGAAGGUGUCAAUGUGUAGAAGCCGGAGCCGGAGCCGGAGCCGGAGCCCACGGCCACGUGGAGAUAGUGCCUACCAUUCCCAGCGCCACAGCCUGCUUACUCCUGUCACCCCACUCUCCCCACCGGGGGUAGAGGAAGAGGAUGUCAAUGGUUAUGUCAUGCCAGAUACACACCUCAAAGGUACUUCUUCCUCCCGGGAAGGCACCCUUUCUUCAGUGGGUCUCAGUUCUGUCUUGGGUACUGAAGAAGACGAUGAAGAUGAGGAGUAUGAAUACAUGAACCGGAGGAGAAGGCACAGUCCACCUUGUGCCCCUAGGCCUGGUUCCCUUGAGGAACUGGGUUAUGAGUACAUGGAUGUAGGAUCAGACCUCAGUGCCUCACUGGGCAGCACACAGAGUUGCCCACUCCACCCUAUGCCCACUGCUGGCACAACUCCAGAUGAGGACUAUGAAUAUAUGAAUCGGCGGCGUGGUGGAAGUGGUCCAGGUGGGGAAUAUGCAUCCAUGGGGGCCUGUCCAGCAUCUGAACAAGGGUAUGAAGAAAUGAGAGCUUUCCAGGGACCUGGACACCAAACCCCCCAUGUCCGUUAUGCCCGCCUCAAAACUCUACGUAGCUUAGAAGCCACUGACUCUGCCUUUGAUAACCCUGAUUACUGGCAUAGCAGGCUUUUCCCUAAGGCUAAUGCCCAGAGAACAUAACCUCCACUCCCUGAGACAUGCAGGGAGCAUUUGAUGGCAGCUAGUGCCUCUAGAGGGUACCCCUCUUCUCCGUACUCCCUCUCCCCUACAGGUCUCAGCCCCAUUUCUCCAGUCCUAGACAAUUCCAUUCAACCUUUGGAGGCUUUUAAAGACUUUGACACAAAAUUUUUGUGGUAUGUAGCUGGCUGUGCACUUUUUCUCUUUCCCAACCCCAGGAAAGGAGAAGGUUUUCCUAUUUUUGUGUGCUUUUCCAAUCCCAUUCCUCAGCUUCCUCAGGGGAAUACCCUGAAGAUAUGAAGGAUCACUCCCCAGGUCCCUUUCUCUCAAGCUCUUACUUAUUUGGAUUAGUGUUAUGUGUGCUUUUAUUUCCCAUUGGACUGUCCUAAGGAAGAGGAGCAGGGGAAACCUGGAAGAGUAAACUAAAACUUUGGUUGAUGACUCUUAAGCCCCUGGAAAGACUGGGAAACUUAAGAGUUGUGUGGAAUGAAGAAACAGAAGGAGGUAUUACUAUUAACUGACCAUUUACUAUGAGCCAAGCAUCACGCAUGCUAAACUUCGCCUACAUUAUCUCACACAAUCCUUUUUAAUCCUUACAAUUUUGUAAGGUAGAGAUUAUCCUGUUUUACUUAUAUAGUAGUUCCCCUGGAUAUUCCAAGAUACCUAGUGAAACCAGGAGUGAAUGGUGCAUGCUUAUAAUUCACAUAACUCAGGAGGCUGAGGCAGGAGGAUCAUAAGUUUGAGGUCAGCCUGGACAACUGAGAUCCUGUCUCAGAACAAAAUGAAAAGGUCUUAGGACAUAAUAGCAGUAGAAUGUCUCUGGGUUCAAUCUAUAGUACCCAAAUCAACAACUUAAAAACCCAGUCAACAUCCUAAAACUGCAGAUAGUACUGAGCCCUAUAAUUUAAUGCCCUUUCCAUCUUAACUAAGCAUUUAGGCAUUAUGGCCAUAAGUUUGAAGCAUGACAGCAAAACUAGUACUAUUUCCUUUUCCCCAUUUUCACAAUUUCAGAUAGAUUUGUUCUGGCCAUAAAUCUUAGCAACCUUAGCAUAUUAUCUUUUUUCUUUCCUUAUUUAGGACUUUCCUCUUUUCAUUUAAAGUCUUUUAUAGUUUCUACUGUCUGAAUUGUUGGCAUCACAACACUUGUGCUUUGGAGCUAUUUUUUAAGUAAAAUAAGGGUAAACAAUCACUGUGAUACUGCAAAAGUCUGACAGAGGACUAAGUGACAAAUGGGCAGGUAGCCUAUACUCUGUGUGGAUAUACUGGGCAAAAGGGUGAGUCACCUCUCAGGUAGGACAGCAGGAUGGUGCAACUCAGAACUGCACAAUUUAAAACUUAUGGAUUGUUAAUUUCUGGAAUUUUCCACUUAUUCAGAUUGUAGUUGACCACAGAUAAGUGAAAUUGCAGAAAGAAAAACCGUAAGUGGAGACUGAGCUUUGAAGAAAUUAAGUAAAUUAAGCAGCAGAUGGAGGAUUCAAAAGCUUUGUCUUAAUGCAUGUACUCUUAAAAGGUGUCAAGGAAAACUGUGUUAAGAGUCCUUGUAAAAGGCAUUGUUUUCUUGAUUUUGCACUGAAUUAAACCAAACCCCAAUAGCCACAUCCUCAUUCUACACACAUACUUGUGCUUUCAGGAAGUAUGUAUACAUGGUGGGUUGGGCUCAGAAAGAAAAAAACUGGACACCUUUGUGUAAACCAUAGCUCAUUUGUGCUGUCAAUGAUCCCCACUCCUUAUGAACUGAUUCACAAAGGUCUCCAAGAUCCACUUUCAGGACCUAUUCUGAACCAGUAAUGAGAAGCUUCCAGGUGAAACAGAAAGAAGACCUAUCUUCAGACCUCUGUCCUCUUGGAUGGGACUGGGGGAAAAUGUCUGUUAUAUCAGUGAAGUUUUUUUUUGUUUUGUUUUUAUACAUGUCUGAAUAAAAAUGCCCAAGUUUUUUCAGC